AUGGGGCAGCUUCUUGUUGGAGUUAUUAUUCUGGGUUUAUUAAAUCUGGUAUCAGCAGGUCCUCGCUCAACAUGUCCAGGUGUCUUGAGCUACGUCAAGGAUCAUGCCGGCUCAUUUUAUGGCUUGAUUAAAAUUCAACAAUCACCAAUGUUUGAAAAUGAAAUUGGAGCAAUGCAUCUUCAAGUUAUUUUGGCAAAUUAUGAUAAAGAUAUCAAGUACUUAGGAAAAGUGGAUUUGUUGAUGUCACUUGGUGAUGCUUAUGCCAAUUUGAUUCGUGGCAAGCCAUUGAUUUACAAACUUACACCGCCUUCAACAAAUAAUUUUGAUGUCUCUUCAAUUACCAUGAAUGAUAAGCCAUAUUGUCAACAAAAUACAUAUUCAGAUGAUCCUAUUUCUUUUAUCACUUUGGAUAAUUCUUUAGUUCCAAAAGGUGAUGAUGAUGAUCACUUAACAGACUCUUAUGAUACAGAUCAUCAUCCAGAUAUUCAAUAUUCACACCAGGAUAAUUAUUAUGAAGAAAAAUAUUCAAAAUUGAAUAAAGUUUGUGGAAAACCAAGUCGCAGUAAAUAUGAUUUACUGUCUCAAAAUAAUCAAGUUUUAGAAGCUAAAAAUUGGCCAUGGUUAGCAAGUAUUUUUUUGCAUAAAAAUAAUCAUGCUACAGUCCAUGUAUGUGCUGGUACCUUGAUAACCAAUCGUCAUGUAUUAACAGCUGGUAGAUGCAUCAAACCAGAAGGAUCAAUUCUUUCACCAGAUGAAUUUAUUAUUGGCCUUGGAAUAUCUGACGAUUUGGAUGAUGAUUCAUAUUACGAAGUUCGUGGUUAUCAAAUAUAUCAUAAGCAUGGUCUUCUUGCUGAUGAAACAUCAAAUUUAGUCAUUUUUGAAUUGGAAAAUAAUGUCAGAAAAACACCAAGUGUUCAGCCAAUUUGUGUUUGGUCUGAUAGUUCAAAAGAAGUCAUUGGUCAAACUGGUUAUGUUGUUGCUUGGAGUAGAGAUGAAGAUGGUACCAUCAUUCCAUUUGAACUUAGAUUGACAAAGCUAACUGUUAAACCAAAUAAUGAUUGUCGUGCCUAUGAUGAACUUUUUAAAUUACCUACAAUUUUUAAUGGUUUAACUAACACAUUUUGUGCUGGUGAAAAUUUAAAUACUGGUUAUUGCACUGGACAUAUUGGUAGUGCUCUUGUUGUCUAUGAUUAUAAAACAAAUGCUUUUUUCUUACGUGGUGUUCUUGCACGAGUAAUUCCUAAGGAUAAAAAAUUAUCAUGUCAUUCACCCCAGUAUGCUGAAUUUAUUGAUACAUCACAGUAUAUUGAGUGGAUUGAAGAAACUACUUUAUAA